AUGCAGACGGAGAUUCUCAAGCAACCUUAUAAGAGAUCCUUUAAGUAUUCAACUCGACAAUUUUUGGAAAUUGGAAGAAUGUUCACAAAAAGGAUUUUUUUAGCUGAAGAGGAAGCUUGUGAGGAGCAUUUCGUAUCAAAUACUGAGCGUUUAACAUCAGGUCAAUACCAGGUACGAUUACCGUUUAAUGAUAAACAAAAUCUUUUAGGAUCAUCUUAUGAUGCUGCAAAAAGGAGAUUUUUUAUGUUUGAGAGGAAGUUAGAGCGUAACCUGGAAUUGAAGGAUCAAUAUCAUCAAUUCAUGAAGAUCUACUUGGAUUUGAAUCAUAUGGAGUUGGAUGAGUCGGAUACGAAUUUAGGCUAUUAUAUUCCUCAUCAUUGUGUCUUGAAGAUUACAGAACUUAUUGCUACUCUCAGAGUCGUUUUUGACGCUUCCACCAAGUCAAAAUCAGGAAUUUCUCUCCAUGACGCACUGAUGACUGGACCUGUGAUUCAACCUACUAUUUUCCAAUUAGUUCUUAGAUUUAGACAACAUCAGAUAGUCCUGACUGCCGACAUCGAAAAAAUGUUUUGUCAGUUCGCUGUUCAUCCUGAUGAUAGUCAGUAUCAAAGGAUACUUUGGAGAUUCGAUAAGAACGAGUUUUUAAAAAGUUAUCGCCUAAAUACGGUGACUUACGGAACAUCUGCUGCACCUUUUCUAUCUACCCGAUGUUUAAAACGGCUGGCAGAUGACGAAAGGACCUUCUUUCCAAGGGCAUCAUCCGUCUUGGAGAAUGACUUCUAUGUGGAUGAUUUGAGCACUGGCACUGAUACGUUGGAUGAAGCUAAGGAAUUAAAAGAGAUUUGA